UUUUUCCCGCUACCAAUUCACUUGGCCUGAUUUUUGCCUAAAAGCUCAUCACGACCCGUCCCUGAUCAACUUUUACGAGAAGUUACUCCGUCACCCACAGAUUUAUUGGUCAUAAAGCGAGGGUCGUUAUCGCUCAAAUCCUUCAUUCUCACUUCUUCAUACCCAUAAUCGUCCUCUAGCACCGGUCCUCCCGGCCAUUGACUCAGAUGGCUUUCAGUGUGGUCUUCCAUCAUGAUGCCACAGAUCCGUUAGCGGUUAUCAGCGCACCACCCCCGGACGAAUCUUCACACGAGCGAGCCGCGAGGGAAGAACGAGAGGCCGAGGCUCAAAGAAUAAGUAAUCUCAUUGACGACGAAAUUCGCGCUGAACGGGCGAUACGAAAGAAAGAAGAGGGUAUAGUCAAGAUCCUACUCUUGGGUCAGAGCGAAAGUGGUAAAUCAACAACCUUGAAGAAUUUCCGUAUGCGAUUCGCCCGAGAUAGAUGGAUAGAGGAACGAGCGUCAUGGCGAGCGGUUAUACUGUUAAAUCUCGUUCGGUCUGCAAACACCAUCCUUGAUGCGCUAUCGCAGGAGAUGGACGAUCUUGACCCAGACGAACUCGAUGACGCGUUCAGGUUCGACGAUUACUAUCGUCAAUAUAAAGUUCGCCUCAGUCCGCUCCAAGCAGUCGAGAGUAAUCUGAAACGCUUACUCGGCGCCACGGAAGACAUCCAACUACGAAAACGAAAUUCUCCGACAACAAUCGCACCUUGUGGCUCACCGGAAUUCUUUGUUCGUUCGCGGACUUGGCGCAACUUUAUUCAAACAACCCGAGAUACCGAGUCCCCGCGACAUUCCUGCCAGCAAGAUCUUUCCACUUUACUCGACAGCACAGACGUGAUCGCGAAUGGCAAGGAUGACAUCAAGGCCCUAUGGAGGGAUAGUGAUAUACAAGCCAUGCUAUGGAGACGGAAGACCCGGCUCGAGGAUUCUGCUGGCUUCUUUUUAGACUCCAUCGACCGAUUAUCGGUACGAGAUUAUGAGCCAACUGAUGACGACGUCCUCCGGGCUCGAUUGCGCACGCUUGACAUCCAGGAACACGACCUGAUAAUUUUCCCCCUUUGUUCUGAAUCCAUUUUUCUAGAGACCGAUACUCCGAAAUGGAAGAUUUUCGAUGUUGGCGGCUCGCGCACACAACGUCACGCUUGGCUACCGUAUUUUGAUCAAGUCAAUGCGGUCAUAUUCCUCGCACCAAUCUCGUGUUUUGACGAGCGACUUCUUGAAGACCCUCGUGUCAACCGUUUGGAGGACUCCUUCAUACUCUGGAAGGCGAUAUGCUCCUCCAAGCUUCUCUCACGGACGAUCCUCAUCCUUUUUCUAAACAAGAUGGACAUUCUCGAGGAGAAAAUCAGAAACGGCGUAACGGUGAAGCGUUAUCUCCCCAGCUAUGGCGACCGGCCGAAUGAGACGAAUGAUGUUGUCAAAUACCUUCGACAAAAGUUCAAGGACACGGUGAGGUAUUGCUCUCCGGAGCCGCGGGUAUUUCAUAUAUACCCGACAUCCGUCAUCGAUACGGACAGUAUGUCUGUGACACUAAUAUCUGUGCGGGACGGGAUCUUGCGCGAAUACCUGAAGCGGGCGGAUUUGUUCUAAGCAGCGGAUCACGGAGCGAUAGAAACAUUUGUAAUAACAGAUCACAUGCGAAACUUCGGCGAAACCUGAUGAAGAUACGACAGUUGACGAUAUAGAUACGACAAGAGUAAUGAGUGCACGAAUACCCCCUUGCUUGCUGAAUCAUGACUUGUGAAUACCAUAUCGUAAUCUAUAGGGUCCCAGGACAUAAUACAAUCAGUAAACUUCUCACAUGACCACACGCUCAACUUGUCUAUCAAGCUACAACGGUUUCCAUCCCUCGCCCGUUGGCCAUUUGAGGUUGUCUGUUUCCUUCAGAAAGUCACGAUGUAUUCCAGAGUUCUUCAUCCGCUCCAGGUCUUCCCCUGAGCUCGGCUCGUCGUCAUUAGGAGAGUCCGUGUACGGAUCACGAUCAACAUGAGCACCA